UCCUUUCUUGCAGCAAGGUGAUACCAACUGUUGCUAUAACAUUCCUGGAAGCACCUGUUCUUAACACCGCCCUUCUGAGGGCAGUAGGAGUAGAAGAAAAGCACCGGAGCGCUGGUCGACGGAAGUGUCAUCGCAGCGGCUGACUGGUGACAAGCUUCUUCGGGACAGGCGAGAAUAUGACAGGCCAUAAUGAAUCCUGUGGUGCAGAAGAAAUACCCACAUCUUAUUUAACAUGCCUGCUUUACAUACUGGAAAGAUGGACAGGUGUAGAACACCUGGAGGAAUAUCUGAGUUACGUGGCCUACCUCAUAUGGUUGUUUAUGCCUCUGAUAAUUGCUUUUAUGCUUCCUGUAGCCACUUUUGUGCUCCUUUACAUUUCAAUUAUAAUUCUUCAUAUUUACAAGAGACGGACAGACUUUAAAGAGGCUUAUUUGAAUGAUUUCUGGGAUGGUGCAAGACAGGUGGUAUCAACUAUGUGGUAUGUUCAUGCAAGAAUAUGGAAUGGGUAUGAGAUACAUGGCCUAGAAAAAUUACCUGAUGGACCAGCUGUGGUUGUUUUUUAUCAUGGAGCAACUCCUGUAGACUUCUACUAUUUGAUGGCCACCAUAGUUCUUAGAAAGAAAAGAAUCUUCCAUAUAGUUGCUGAUCACUUUGUCUUCUCACUGCCAGGUUUUCAGUUAUUACUUGAUGUAUUUGGUGUUCUGCGUGGAUCACAGGAGGAAUGUGGAAAAGCCUUAAAAAGGGGGAAUUUAUUAGCCAUUGCGCCAGGAGGAUUACGGGAAGCACUCUUCAGUAAUGAAAAUUAUACCCUUAUAUGGGGAAAUCGUAAAGGAUUUGCCCAGGUGGCUAUUGAUGCAAAAGUGCCCAUCAUUCCUAUGUUCACACAAAAUAUUCGGGAAAACGUUCGAUCACUUGGUGGACCAAAACUAUUUAGGUGGCUAUAUGAGCACCUCCGUUUGCCACUAGUUCCACUGUAUGGAAACUUCCCUGUCAAAAUGCGUACUUAUAUUGGGGAUCCUAUUCCAUAUGAGCCAAAUGUAACUGCUGAAGAACUGGCAGAAAAAGCAAAGAUUGCAGUACAGUGUUUAAUAGACAAACAUCAGAAAAUACCAGGAAAUGUAUUUAGGGCUCUAAUGGAAAGAUUUCAGACACAGACAAAGGAAGACUAAUAUUACUGUGGCAUUGUAGCUAAAUGUAAAAUAUUUUAGAGUUAUGUUUAUAUUAUGAUUGUAAUAUUUACAAUUAUGCAAAUUAGAAUAUUUUUCCAAUGAUCUUGCUUCACUCUGGGGUUUAGGCAUUUUGCUACUUCAAUAUUAAUACAAGAAUUUGAUAUUUAAAAGCACAUACAGCUUUAAUUAGGACUCACUUGAAAAAAUAAUAUUUUGGUUUGUAUAGAAAAUAUAUAGAAUUUGUAAUUUCUUCCCACCCUUAGAGAGCAACUCUGUGGCCUUCAGGCAGUGUCUGAGGAUCCCCCCUGCCCCCCUGGGAUCCCCCCCUGCCCCCUGUGUCUUCAAAGGUAGAAAUGGCCAGUCAUAUUUCUAUUUUCCUGCUGUUCUGGUGCAGCUUCUGUCCUGAAUUGGGAACUCUGUCCUUGGGAUGAGGAUGGAAACUAUGUGUGGUGAUGUACCAUUAAGGGAAAAAAGGAUGGGAGAGGCCACAGAUCUACUUGAACCAAAGGUUCCACAUACUACUCAUCUGGACAAGUUCAAAUGCCAUGGAGUGAAAAAAACAGAGUAGGGGAAAGCUUCUGUUGUUUCUGUACUGUACAAAUACACCCUAGAAGACUAAAGCUGCAAUUCUGUGAUCUGUGAGAAGGCUUUAGUAUGUGUUAGGCAAAAAUUUGAAGCACAUAACAAACAUUUAACAUGUUUUAUCUGUAUAGAAGCACUACAUUUUACUGAGAUUCAAACGAGUGCAGUUAAAAUUCUUUGCAUUCUUUAUGCACAGCAGUUCUUUUGUGAACUUUUCCUCCAUGUCUUUACCCAGUACCAUAAGAAAAGCGGCAUCCAUAAUGGCACAGUGUAACAAAGGGUAUUUUCUUUUUAAACAAUCAUAUCCAUGAAUCCACUGGUUGUCUUUGAUGUAUCAGAAAGAUAAACUAUGUAUAGAAAUAUACUGUUGUGAUCAGCCUUACAUUUCAGCACUUCCUGGAAGCCAUAGUAGGAAAGAGUUAUAUACGGCUGAACACCAGGAAUUCCAAGCAUUAAAUAGAAUAGUGUACUGACAGAGAGGGAUAGAACACACUUGUUCUCAGUGUAAAAAUUUCAGCAGGCUGCUGCAGGAGGAUGUUAUUUUCUCUUUUUGCCUUCCCUUGACAGUCUUGGAAAGUUUGGCGAUCUAGUAACCUUUUUGGAUUUGUUUACAAGACUGAAGUAUAUGUUUUCCAAAUAUCCUGGAAGCAACAUUGCAUGGUUAUAAAUAUAGUUCCUGUGCUUUGGCACCAUGAAAGUGGAGAAGUAUGAGGAAUUUUGUUUCUGUUGGUUUUGAUAACCAGUUUGUACCUUUCAGAGUGAACAUUAAUUUGUAUGCGAUCAUGGUUGAAGUCCUGUCAUUUCCAAGCUUACAAUAUGAGUCAUAGACCAAAAGAAGUGCACAGAAGUAUCUACAUUUGGAAAAAUGUGCAUGACUGAUUUUCGUGUCAAAAGGGGGGAAAAAGCUUGUAAUCUCAUAUGAAUGUGUCAGAACAAGCUUCAGGAUGGAAUUUGCAGAACUUUGGCAAGCUUGGGUUUUGCUAAUUUGAACAUACCUACAUGGAACCCAUCAAGAAACCCAUGCAUCUAGUUUGAAACUUGUUCUCGUGGGUCAGCCUUAUACCAUGGAAUCUCCAGGAUAGCACCAGCUACUGCUGGAAAAUUAUGGGCUUUAACAAGUAACUGCUACCACACAGGAUCAUUUUCUUGCAGUCUCAUCUUGGCUGCCAUAACAUGUAAAGUAGCCCUGUGUGCAAACUGAUAGAUCAUGCUCCUUGGAUUGGAAUUCAGCUUUCUGUACCAAAACUAAUAACCUUCAGGCUUUUGUUAUAAUCUCUGAAAAUACCUGUUGAAAUGUGAUGACAAAUUUACAAGAAACAAACAGAUUUCCUUUAUAACUAAUCAGGAGAUGGUGAAUAUCCAUGGAUGUGACUUUUUUUUAGACCUGCCUUCAGAGUAAUAGCAGUAAUUCUUAUAAAAACAGCACAAGGAUAAUUAAUUAUUUCUCAGCUUACUAAUUCACUCUGUACUCUUUUGGUCUGCUUCAGAUAUUCUAAAAUUAUGUAUAAUUAUGCCUGUUAAAAUUAAUAUUUAUUUAUUUUAUGUAGUAACCUUCUAAAAAGACAUUUAUCUUGCAUUUUGGUUUAAAUACAAGAUACUUUUUAAAUUAUUGGGAGCAAUAAUGUUCUAGCAAUGGGGGUUUUGUUAUUCAUACAUUUGAAUAUGAUACUGAAAUAGACAUAUUACUCUUAAAUAUUAAAGUCAUUCAACAUCAUGUAUAUUGUAAGCUUUUGAGCUCUAAGUUUUUUUAAAACCUUUUUAAAGCAUAAUUUAAGUGAUGUACAAAGAAAUGCUGAUAGUACCAUUUUUGCAAAGCAGAAAUGUAGCUUUUUCUUAUUUUUCAAGUUUCAAAAUGUAUAAAUAGGGCCCUAUCCAAACCUUUAUCCAAGCUAGAGCUAUUUGAACUGGGUAAGAUAUCCCUUCACUGGUAGAAGCAGUCCUGUUGAAUCUGGAUUAGGAAUAAUCUUUGGAAAGAAAAGAAAAAAAGUUUUCUUUCCCAUAUAACAUCUCCAGUAUAACUUUCCCCCCUAAAUUCCUGAAUAAAUAACAUAAUUUUACAUAUUUUAUUAUAGUCUCAUGACACUGAGAGCCAGCAUGAUGGCAUGGUUAGAGUGUUAGACUGGGGCCCAGGAUCUAGAAACUGAGAUCCUGGUUCUAGUUUCCACUUGGCCAUAAAGCUCUGUGGGUGACCUUGGGCCGGUCACUUAACCUAACGGAGUUGGUUGUUGUAGAGUGGAGGAGGACUAUGAAAGCCUCUCUAAGUUCUUUGCAAAAGGAAAAAAGUUGUAUAUAAAUUUAAUGUUUAUGUUUAAUUUCAUUUGCAUACUGCAUAAUAGCCAAAGUGCUAACCCUAAUAAUUUAUGCAGUAUAGUAAGCUAACAAAAACAAAUGAGCAAAGAAGCAAAACCUAAAUACAAUAAAAUUGUUUAACAUUUCAGUACAAAAUUUAACACAGUAUUCCAAAUAAUUAGAGCAACCAAAACAUGUUCUUUGAAGUAAUGCCUUCCAAACUGUAACUGUAGCCAUAGCUAUAAGGUAGUUGGCAAUGGUGAACAGUAAGAAUGUCUCACCCUUCAAGGAAAAGCAUCUCUUCUUCUACAGCAGUGUAAUGUAAUAGUAUUGUAUCAUAUGUAAGUUGAAGGUUGUACAAUCGUAGCCAGGGAGCCAGUGUCUACCCCUUCCCUUCUCCUGAUUCGAAUUGGUAUCAGUACAAUACACCACUUCUAUUUUAAUUCUCAGUAUAAUAAAACGUCAUGAAGUUUUUUUUCCCAUUAAGACCUGAAAUAGCAUCUUUGUUAGUGUGCAAACUGUUCAGCAAGUAGUCUUUUGGCACCCCUGUUGUGUAUCAUUGCAGGCUACAUGGGUGUUUUCAGGGAUAUUACUCUUUGUGGUUUCUUUUCCUGACUAGGGUGGGAGACGUUGAUGUUCUUAUAAUUUAGGAAGCAAAUGAAAGGACACAAUCCGGUGGUCUUUUGAUAUCAUCUUGGAAACAAUAGGAUGCUCAGAUUACAGCGACGUCCUCUGAUUAUAGUGCUCAGAAUCAGCCAGAAUGGAAAGAACCGUGCCAGUAUUUAUUUAUGCAAGGUCAUUCCUGGCCUCAUAGAGGGUUGGAGACUUAAAUUCAUCUACUACAAGGGUGGUAUGAUUGCACCAAAUAUGCUUAGUGUAAUAGCUAGCUUGUAUAGUUUUGCUGCUGUGCCGCAGGCUCACUGCUCCUAAUUUAUUUUAUUUGUAUCAGCCUUAAUUUUUUAUGGUCUUUCAUGCUGCUUUUAUCUUUUGUAAACUGAUUUCCAAAGUAGCCUGUAAUUAUUAAAUCAUGUAGUUUUCUGUGGAAAUUUAAACCUUUUGUUCAAUGUUUUACCUAUUAAAAAUCAAACUUCUUAAUGCUGAAGUGUUUAAUGAGGCACUUCAGUAGGGAUAUGGGUUAAAGCACUUUCUCUGUAUUAAAAGGUAGCACUAUCUGUAAUAGCCAUUUCAGAGUGCAAUCAUACACACACUUAAGGGAGUAAACCCCUUUAGUACAGAGUGUACCUUUGAGUAAACAUACAUAAGUUUGUAAAUUAGGACCAGUUCCUUGUAAGUUAGCAUUAGAUUAGUGGAAGCUGAUAAGGGAAAAAAUGUAUGUCUUGUGAACUCCAUCUCUGAAAUAAGUGAAGCUAGAAGAGAACAUCGUGUGACCAUUUUGUUUUUACUCCCAAAUGACAUUGCUGACUUGAAUUACAUUGGUGUUUCACAUUCUGUUUACCCUACUGAAUUCUGUUAUUCAACUGUUAAUAAGUGUGUGUCGCAAAUACAAAGUGAGAUGAGGUCAGGUGGAUGAAGCAAUUUUGAAGUUCCAAUUUCACACAGAUAUUAAUGCUUUGCAGGCUCUUGCAAAUUUGAAAGAUGGGGCCAGGCUUACUUGAUAUUACUUUAAGUGGUUUGUUUUUCUAAAUUAUUGAACCUACAUAUCAAAACGCAGUAUCAUUUUGUAUAAUUAAAACAUCUGAAUAAAGUUAAAAUGUCAGCUAGAAAA